UUUUGUUCGUAGAUCUGAAAACCUUUAGGUCGAAAGUUCCAAUUUGUUAUUUCCAAUUUUCCUGAAAAAUGGAAAUCCAUUUUCUAAGUUUAGAUUAGUUCACAACUCUUUGCUUAUUUAUUUUGAAAAUGGAAUAUAGUCUAAAUAUAAUAAAAAAAACACCUGACAAAAAUGAGUAUGUGGAACGAAAACAAUGAAAAUCUUAACGAAACAAUUUCCACCGAAAAUGUGCAAGGUCAAUUGGAUUUUAAAGACGAAGAAAAUCUAGGAAACCAAAUAUGGACAAUUAGUAAAUAUGAUACUUUUUCGUAUAGGGACAGAGAGUCAGAAUAUAAAUAUAUCGAAAAAAAUAAAUUAUUUUCAAAUGUCAGAUUAGUAGAACCUUCAAUCAAUACAAACCAUGGGGGUACACAAAGUAAUGGGGCAUUAUCUUCUGAAAAAUCCAAAGAUAAUGCACAAAACAGAUAUCAAUGCGUUUUUGAUGGAUGUGGAAGAACAUACAGCACAGUUGGAAACUUGAGAACACACAUAAAAGCACAUAAUGGCGAGUAUAAGUUUAAAUGUGAUGAAGAAAAAUGUGGAAAAACCUUUCUUACAUCAUAUAGUUUGAAAAUUCAUCUCAGAGUCCAUUCGAAAAUUAAACCAUUCAAAUGCAAUUCUGAGGAUUGUGAUAAGGCUUUUAAUACCUUAUAUAGAUUACGGGCUCAUGAAAGGUUGCAUAAUGGACAGACUUUCAAUUGUGAAAGUAUAGGCUGCUCCAAGUAUUUUACUACACUUAGUGAUCUCAAAAAGCAUAUCAGAACUCACACUAGAGAGAAGCCUUAUAAGUGUAAGGAAAUUACAUGUGGCAAAUCGUUUACUGCAAGUCACCAUUUAAAAACUCAUUUACGUAUACACAGUGGAGAACGCCCUUAUGUCUGCAAGGAAGAUCAAUGCACAAAGGCAUUUUCUACACCUCAUAGCCUCAAGUCCCAUCUAAAAACUCAUCAGAAAGCUCAAGAAGCAAUUCUCGCGACCAAAGAUUCCUCCAAAAUUAAUUCGGAACAGAAUGCAAACAACACAGAAAAUAAUGGAAGUAACGCAAUUCAAAAUAUGGAUAAUUCUUUAAAUGAGAGAUUCACAUGGCCAUACAUCAAUUCUGAAGAUAAUCAAGAAAUAGAUAUAUCUCCCCUACACCAAACAAUCGAUCUUUCCGAUUUAUUCACCACAAAUAACGUAGAACUUCCAACUCUUGUUGCUACCGAAACUAUCAAUCCAGCAAGAUAUGCUGCAGUUAUAGAAACAGAUUUCAGCGAUCAAUUUGAGACUGCCAAUAUUCUUAAAAAUUAUGCAACAGUGAACACUGCUGAACCUAUACCUACUCAGCUUUCCUAUAAUAUCGGCACAGAAAAUAUUGAAAAUGGAAAAGAUGGUGAAACACUGAAUGAUACCGUGAUGAAGCUUGAAGACAACUCUAUAAUCAUGGAAAUCGAGAAAGCUGGCGAAUCGUAUGAUGUGAAUCUUACUGCUAAUUUGGUUAAUAAUUUUGAUGUGGAUAUGUUGGAUACUGGUGUAAGGCAAAUGGGUUUAGAAUUCAAUGAAGAUGAAGUAGGUGCAAGUACAUUUCCUGAAAAAGUUGAUAUCCUUCAAGAAUCAAUGAUUUCUGCCCAAGAGUCUGGAGAGCUUAACACCCCAGAAAUUUUAGAACCUGAUCAAGAAAUGGUUCCAAAUUGGAUAGAAGCUCUUAACUAUCCAACCAACAAUGGUGCUGCUUUAGAAAAUAGUUUAACCCAGAAUGAUUUGGUGUUUGAUACAUUCAAUUUUCAAGAAAUUUUGAAUGAUACCAAUAAUAAUAAUACUAGUACUAACGUAAUGAACACUACUACUGGUUUAUUCCAAACAAAUAAAUCAGAUCUUCUGAAAAAUUUGGCAGCUGAUGCUGAUAUUUGUAAAUGUCAAAAUUGUGGCUGUACAUCUCACUCAAGUUGUACAAAUUGCUCUACAGAAACAGAUAAAACUGUUAAUGAAGAGGCAAAAAAUUCAUUUACGUAUUUGGACUUAUCGCAAUUUGAGGGUUCAACUGAAAUUGAAGACGAUCAAUGCUGCAUCUUGGUUUGUUUAAAAACUGUAAAACAAGCACAGCAGGUAAUUGCUUUGAAAAAUUGUUGUGCCAAUGGUCCAAACACGAAUCUGGGUUGUUUUAAAACUAAUAUGUGCAAUCAAAUUUUCAACAGUUCAUAACAUAUUACAUUUACAUGAAUUCGAUUUGAAAACGCUGUGUUAAUAGGCUAUUUGAAAUUUUUUUCAAAACCUUUCAGGUUAUUCAAUGACAUUCUUCUGUGGUUAUUCUUGAUUACAUGAAAAUUGGAUAUUUUCAAUUCGCACAAAAAUUUCUCAAAAAAUAGCAAUAAUAAAAUGAGAUGCUGCCAAUUUCACUCAAUAUAGGCUCACAUGGAUAUAUAAAUAAUUGAGUGUCAUUUACAUGAAAGCAUUGGUUUUUAUCAUUGAUCUAACCAUUUUGUUUUGAGAAGAUCGUGUUGUCGGUAAUUUAAUAAUAUUUCAUUGUAAAGAUUACUUUGAUUCAUUACAUUCUUACUAUGGCGAUCUGUUUGUGUUAGAAUGUUAUUUUAAAGGUCCUUUCUAUAGAGAAAAUUAAUCUGCUCAAAUUCGCAAAAUAACAAGCAUAUAUUGGGUAUGGUCCUUAUAUAACUUUGGUUACUAUGGUUAGUGAGUUGGUGGUCCGUAUAUGUCAAAUUCCUCAAAAACUGGUGAUUAUUUCCUCAAACUUCGGUGAAUUAUCUGUCACCAGAGCAACCGUACUUUUAUUCUGGUUAGGUUCGGUGACCACGCCCACUCCGGUUGGCAGUUGUCAUUUUAAUUUUCAGAUUAUUGUUUAUGUCAUUUUCCAUGACAUCUAACACUCAAAAACUUUAUUAUUUUCAUUAUGAGACGAAUACCCUUCAAAGCCAUUAAGAACUAUUAGUUAUUUACAAAUUAAAAGAGAUCAACCAUUUAUAACCUCCGAAGUUCUGUCAAUGAAAAUUUCAGUUGACUAUUGACAAAUGUCAAGCGGUCCGUAAAUACGAAGCAGGUUACCUGAGACAUUGAAAACCACUAGCAACCGCUCUGAAAUUCUCGGCGAUAUACGGACCAUACCCUUUAAUAUAGGAACGAAGAUGCAAAUAACACAUGUGUUCACUUGACACCAUACAGUUCAUUUCUCAUCACAUGAUUAGUUUGAAUUACUUGAGUAUUCGAUAUUUUUUGCAUAUUUGAUAACAUUAAUGUCAAAUAGCCUAAUCGGCUGUUUUGAACACUAAAAAGUACCAAAGGUUUAUCACAUGUUUUUAUAUGAAAUGCUUUUACUCUCCAAAAUAUCGUGUUAAUGAGUUCGUCUAAGUUUCAUUGCUUCUCUGAUGUCUUGUUAGUUUUCUAUUCGGUUAUACUCCAUAAAAAUAUUUUGAUUUUAAGAAAGUUUGCUUUCUAAUAACGUAUAUACAGGAUAUUCCUCAAUUAAUGGAAAUUGGAGAUUCCCUGGUAAUUUUAAGAAGAAUGUCCCAUAAACAUGCUUUGUUUCCGAGAUUCAGGGGAAUUUUUCAAGUUUUCUCCUCAUAGCGUCUGCACUUCACAAAUUAUUCAAGUGAAAUUUGGCACAUUAUGUUCCAUUUUAGGGUGGACAUCACAUGAUAUGCUUAUUUUGAUUGCAAAUCUGCAGACUGAUAUUUUUUCUUGAACAAUGCCCGCUUUUUUCCUCCAGACCUUUUUUUUUUGUUUGCCAUUGGUAGUUCAAAAAUAUGUGAACCGAAACCUUAUCAUAGUACUAAAAAAUUUUGGUUUCUUGUAGUUUUGCCAUAUUUGCUAACCAUUUCGAGGAAAAAAAUUUAAAUAACUCCCGGAAUUCUCAGGAAAAUCCAAAUUAACAUAAAAUCUAUAAGUUAGCUGUGAUGAACGAAUUUGCUAUUAGUUUUGGUGAUCUAUAGCAAUCAUCACACAAAAAGUAGUACUUCAAGAAACACCCUGUAUCUUAAAAACAUAGUGUUUGCGGGGCAAUGUUUAUAGAACUGUUUUCUUAAAAUUAUCUAAGGAAUCUCUCAUUUUAGUUUGUACCUCCAAUUUAGGAACACACUGUAUCCUACAGCGUAUGAACUUCUACAGCAUUAAAAUUUUGUUUUGUUCUUUAAUAGUUUGAUGUUGUAUAAAAAUUUCCUAUGUGAUAAGGUUGAAUUUUUGCUGCUACAAAUUUGGAAUUCAUUUCAUCAUAGUUAUAUAUUAUACGUUUUGUUAUGUAAAAUUUUUUUUUUUUUUUUUUAUCAGCAAUCAGAAUGAAUUCUAUGCUAAUUUUGAGAAAACUAUUUCAACAUGUCGUGAAGAUAUUCUCCCCAUUAGGAGAAUCUCUCAGUAGUCCAUCAGGUCAGUUGGCCAUUUCCUUUGCAGUCUUCUUGUUUCGUUGACCUGUGUUAAAGUUUUUUUUUCUUCCAGUUUAGACUGAUAUUUACUACUUCUUGUUUUUAUGACAUCCUGAACAGAGGGUAUUUUCAGAUCUUCAUCAAGUGUUUGAUUAGUAACAUACCAGUUAUGUAACAUUGAAAAGAAUUUUUGGUUUUUGUUUCUUGAUUGUUGUGAUCUCUCAACUCUUCAUAUGUGCCUUAAUUUUUACCUAUCGAAGUGUUAUUUUAUAAAUAAUCAAUUUCUAAGUUUAAUAGAUUUGGUCUUUAAUUCUAGAACUUUUGAAAAAUAAUAUAUUUUUCCUAUCUACAUCUUUAUUGUUAUUGUCUUGAGUUAUACAAUAUAUUUCAUAUUUCGUGAAGAAAUAUAGAGCCUAUUUCCUAUACUAUUUUGAACAAAUUUACUGGGCAAUAGUACUUUUGCCAAAUUUAUUAGAUUUAAGCUUGUUGCCAAAUAUAAAUCAUCAUAUUUUAUGUAUGUAUUGUUGAAUUGAUUAAGUGAAUACAUUUUAUGAAUCCUCUGGAAAUGUGCCUUAAAUACUUAAUAUAUAUAAUAUACAUAUACCAUAUUUUUUACUGAAUAUGUAUACCAAAAAUAAAAACUGUUGAUAUUGAAUAUUAUCUAAGUGCAAUAUUUUAUAAUAACAAUUUAUCGAAUUUAUAUGGUGUCAUUAUUGUUAACCAAUAUUGGUUUACUAAAAUUUUCAUAGUUUAUACAGUGUGUUGUGUUUGUAGUUUCCUAUUUUAUAUAAUUAUAGUAUUUUUGCUAGUCAUAAUAGUGUUAGCUUGCAACUAACGACUGUUAAUAAAGUUUACAAUUGAU